AUGCCACACACUACAUCGGACCAAGAUGACGGCGGAAAGAGGGCAAGCAGUGACGACUGGGUCAAAGUUCCAAGAGAUCCGGAGUGGCAUGAAGACGUCGACGAGAACGACAAGAUCUACUCAGGCCCUGGAGCAGAGACCACCAAGACGUCCCCGCUGAAGUCGACAUCAUUUGGCAGCCUGCUCAAAGAAUUCUGUGCCAAAGUGAUGGACACAAGCUCACGUGCCUCUGGGAUGACUAGAAGGGCCGGUGGAAGUGGUAGUGGAAAAUCAGCAAAGUGA